UGCUUUCUUCCUCUCCCCAUCCCUCCUUCCCCGAGCCGCCAUCGCAAAAUGAUCCCCCACGCCACCCCUCGAAUCCUCCUCCCCUUCCAGGCGAGGCAUCACCUCGCCAGAUCCACUGCUUCUCUUCACAGUGCAUUCCCUCGCCGCCCCGUCUACUUCUCCACCACCGCCCGGCAGCUCUUCAAUCCCUCAGCUCUUCAUUCACAACAGAACGGAUCAACUUCCGACCCAUCCGUAACAACGGCCCCUGUAGAGUCCCCAGCAAAGUCGACAGAGGACACGGAGCCAGCACCAACACCAACCAACCUCGGCACCCCGCCCGAGUCUGUCGCCUGCACCGUCUCCCCUCCUGCAACCUAUGCCUUCCUCAAACCCACACCCGUCGUUCUGCUGACUGCUCCUUUUGGCGGGAACUGGUGCUUCCGUGACACAUGGCAGACAACACUCGCAGACCAAGGCUACCAAAGCACGAGUAUCGAAUUGGGCAUGCCCCUCGAACCCUUGGACUCUGGUGACGCCUACAUCCGACACUUUGUCAAGGUCCUCAAGACCUCGAUCGAAACGGACCAUUCCUUCUACCCACCGAUUUUGAUUGCUCAUGGACUACACGCCCUCGUUGCCCAGAAAUAUGUGGAAUCGAACCCCGUCAGCGCCUUGGUGUUGGUCUCCCCGUUUAUUCCACAGGUCGUCAAACGUAGAUUUGGAGAGCUCUCACAGAAAUUGAAGGUUGAGGGCCCGGAAUGGAAGGCGCAUACGGUGGGAGCGGAAGAGAGGGUACACAAAGCAAUGAUCGAGGACGCGAAGGUAAAACAGGACACCGCAGAGUCAGCAUUGAACCGAUCAGCAGCAGCACCGGCAGCAGAGAUGACACCAUCUUCAGAAACACAUUCUACACAGACGACACAAGAUCUCCCAUCAGAAUUCAACUUCAUCACCCACGCGGAUGUGCUGGCACAGGACGGCUUCCGCGAAAAAUACGUCCUACCAAAAAAGGCCGUUUACAAAAUCGAUCAGGUCGCCAAGAAGCUCCAGGAGAAGGAAAAAGAACAACAGGAGCAGGUCGAGAAACAGAAACAGGAUGAGGCCCUUCAAUCAAUGGAAGAGGAAACAGAGCUUAGGAAACAGCAAAGUAUCCAAACCGAAACAUAUUCAUCAUCAUCAUCAACAACAACAGCAGCAGCAGCACCGUUAGCGGGAGAGGUCAACAUCAAAACCAACGACACUGUAAACAGCCUGUCGAGUGCUGAAGAGGGAAUUGAACCGAUCAAGGGAUCUGAGGCGCUCGGCAGGGAUUCGGUACCGGUUUUUGAGUUGGCACCCGAUACUGUAAUAGUAACAACUGAUGCAGACACGCAGGCGGACUACGGACUCACGGAAGCCGCCAGAGAUGACGCCUCUUUGCCUGUCCAGACCGCCGAGUCCGAAGCCUCGGUCCCCUCACCACUCGAACAACUCCCUCUCGCCAUCUACGACUCGAUUCCGACCAGUGCCUUUGAGCCAAACUUUCCUAUUCUCCUCGUCACCUCCAAUGGGGACGAGAUCGUCUCGACCGCCGAUGUGAAGGAACAUCAUGCCUUGGCAGGACAGGUCGAUCACAUUGAGCUUGAAAAUAUGGAUGAUGGUGGACAUUUGAUCAUGGUCUCCGAUAGCACAGAAUGGGAGCAAGGGAUUGAGGGUAUCACAGCUUGGCUCGACUCCAAUGGUAUGUAACAAAG